AUCUCGAGAUUGAUAACGAAUUUGUGGGGUGUGGAGUUUGCGAGUUCCACUGCGAGGUUCCUGGUAUCUUCCUAUUUGCCGCCUGCGAAUACUCACAAACGGUCGAUUGAAUCGGUUCAGCCUUUGUAGACCACAUCAUAUAGAACAAAAUGGCCGACGAAGUUGCUGAGUAUAUCAUCAAGUACCGACUGGCCCGUGCAGCUCUCGGGCUGGAGCUGCUGGGAUGUAUUCUAGAGUGGGAGGAUUUCGACGCCGAGGCAGACGCUGUGGCUCUCGACGACGCGAUCCGUGGAGCAGGUACCGAUGAAGAUGCAAUAAUCGAAAUUCUAGCCAACCGAACGAAUGAACAACGUCAAAUGAUCGCAUUCAAAUACAGGGCUUGCUUCGGAAAGGACCUGAAGGAGGAGCUCCGUGAUGAGGUCAGAGGUAACUUGGAGAAGACCGUGGAAGCUCUGAUGGAUUCACCCCCAAUGUAUGAUGCCAAGACAUUAAGAGCUGCUAUGAAGGGUCUUGGAACUGAUGAAGAUACCAUCAUUGAGAUUAUGUGCACGAGGGUUAAUGGGGAAAUCGAAGCUAUCAAGAUGGCAUACCAAAUUGAAUUCGACAGAGAUCUUGCUGAGGAUUUGGAAAGCGAGACAUCCGGGAACUUCAAGUAUUUGAUGCAGUGUAUCUGUGCAGGUGGUCGCGAUGAAUCUGGAGAGGAGGUUGAUGAAGAUAAGGCAGUAGAGGAUGCACAAGAGCUCUUCGAUGCUGGUGAAGAUAGGUGGGGCACGGAUGAGAAUGUUUUCAACCGUAUCCUAGCAACGAGAAGCUUCCCACAACUUAGGGCAACAUUCCUCGCCUACAACGGAAUUGCAGGUUGUGAUAUUGAAGAUUCGAUCCGAGACGAGUGCAUGGGUGACCUUCAGGAUGGCUAUCUAGCUAUUGUAAGCCGUGCUCGUGAAGUAGGCCAAUACUUCGCAGAGCGUCUCUACGACUCCAUGAAAGGAGCUGGUACGGAUGAAGAUAAACUCAUCAGGAUCGUCAUCUCUAGAUCAGAGAUCGACCUAAAGCGUAUCAAGAUUGCCUUCUUUGCCAAGUACGGCCAGACCCUCCACGCCUUCAUCGAGGACGACUGCGCAGGUGACUUCAAAAAGAUGCUGCUCGCUAUCCUCCACGGCGAGAACGACGAGGAAUAGACCGACAUCGAUGUCUAUUUCGAAGGCGCAGUCGACGUCGAAAUAGUGCAUAUGAUGUGGACAUGUCGGGAAAACAGGAAAAGCUAGGGGGUAUUGAUAUGUAUAGUAUGCGAAUUUAUUGAAAUCAAGUGACUGGAAACUUUUAACAAAAAAUGAAUUAUCACUUGAUGAUUACAUUUAUGCUAAAUUAUCAACAUUUAACUGUAACUUUCAUGCCGUUAAAAAAAAUCAAUUACUGGCCAUGGAUUCAGCAAUAAAACAUACAAUACACACACACACACAAGAAAAAAAAAACAUCAACAAGAAUAACAUACAUGCUGGUUUUUAAGAAAACAUUUUAGAUAACAGUGUUGACUUUUUAAGCAAUACUAAACUUAACAUUGGUGCCUGGCAUUGGUAUUUCAUUUCCAAACCUAUGUUGAACAUUUUGAAUUUGGUUUGGUUUGGUUUGGUUUUAUUUCCCGUAUAAAAAUCACAAUAUAAUACAUUGCACGAGAUAUGAGAUUAAAUAUAAAUAUAUAAACAUGCAAAUAAAAAUAUACGGAUGAGUCACUCUAUUCAGAGCCAUUGACAUAAUGGCUCUGUCCUUCCUCGAGGUCCAGUGAAUAUUUUCAUAUGGGAUACAAGAAUUUAGAAAAGGAUGAAUAUUCAGCAGUUCAUAGAAACCAUUGUAAAGUAAUCUUUUGUUCUUCGUCUUUGUCUAUUUUACGUCUAUCUGUUUUGUUAUUCUUUUGACACCCUCUGUGGUAUGUGUCUGAGAAGAACCAAGAAGUACAUAAUGGCGAUUUCUUAUUUUUAGUUAUAUGUUUCAUGUUUCUGUAUAAUCUUGAAUAAAAGCUUUUAAUGAGAGUGGCAUGUUUCCUUUCCUCCCACAAUGUAUUGAGGUAAAAAAUUAUUAUUAAAAAGAAACCUCAAUGCCACUGAGCCUAACACCUGCUUACAAACUUAUGGGUUUUUUUUGUUUUUGCUUCAAAAUUUAAAUCUGAGCUAACUGCUUUUUAAAUCUUUAUUUGUCUUCGUCUUACUAUCUAAGCGCUUUACUUUAAUUAAAAUGUGGUGAAAUGUAAGCCUAAACGUGACUGUGAUAAAUGCAUCGAUGAAUUAUUUUUGUGAUUGAAAUAAUAAUAAAUAAAAAAAAAUCUA